AUGCGCCAAAUCCUCCUCGCAGCUCUCCUGCCGCUCCUUGCCAAGGCGCAGCAGGCAGGCACCCUCCAGCAGGAAGUCCACCCCAAGCUAACCUGGAAGCGCUGCACUGGCGAUGCUUGUGAGACGGUCCAGGGCGAAAUCACGCUCGACGCAGAGGACCGUUGGUUGCACGUCACCGACGGCUUCUCAAACUGUUUCGACAACCGGCAAUGGAGGACUGAUCAGUGCAACAGUACAGAAUCCUGCACCCAGCGUUGCGCGCUUGAAGGCGUAGACUACCCCAGUUUCGGCAUCAAGACGAACGGAGACACCCUGUUGCAGGAGCACGACACUCGGCAUGCGUUUGGAAGGAUCGAAAACACCCGCGUGUUCCUGAUGGAAAAGGGCACAGAGCGGUACCAGACGUUCACUCUUUUGGGGAACGAACUGGCGUUUGAUGUUGAUCUGUCCAAGGUUCCAUGCGGGCUCAACUCGGCCUUGCAUUUUGUCGCCAUGGAUGCUGAUGGAGGGUCGUCCAAGUUUCCGGGUAACAAGGCGGGUGCGAAGUAUGGAACGGGAUAUUGUGAUGCAUCUUGUCCGCGGUCCAUCCGAUUCGUUGGCGGCAAGGCCAACUUCGACGGCUGGCAGCCCUCUUAUUAUGAUCCUAAUCGUGGUCAAGGCUUUCUUGGUGCAUGCUGUCCUGAGUUCGACGUUUGGAACUCUAACUCCAACUCAUUCCAGAUGUCCUCGAAGCUUUGUAGGCAGACGUCUUAUUCGAUCUGCCAAGGAGACAACUGUGAGGGCGGACAGCGCUUUCCGGAUUGUGACAGGGAUGGUUGCGAUUAUAACCCAUACAGACUGGGAGCCAAAGACUUUUACGGUCUGGCCAAGACAGUUGACACAAGCAAGAAGUUCACUGUCGUUACGCAAUUCGCAGAGGACAAAGUCACAAAGUUCUUUAUUCAAGAUGGCCAGAAGAUCGAUGCCCCUGCGACUACUCUUCCUGGCGCUGCUGAUAGUAGCGGCUUGAAUGCGGAUUACUGCCUAAAGAAAUCCCAGUAUUUCGGCGAGCAUGACAUGUUCAAUGUUCUAGGUGGCUACCGUCGCCACAACGACGUCCUGCGCCAGCCCUUGGUUAUGGCCCUGUCCAUCCAGAACGAUUAUUAUGCUGCAAACCUGUGGCUUGACUCGAGGUACCCUCUCGACAGUUGGGCGCCCGGCACUGAACGAGGGCCUUGUGAGUUUAGUGGCAACGUCCCGGGUGUCCCUGAAGUUGGCGAUAAUAAGGUUUCGUGGUCAAAUAUUCGCUUCGGUCCCAUUGGGUCUACUACGGACGUGUGA